GCUGGGCUGCAGGUCGAAUCGGAGGCGCGUUGAUGUAGGGUGUGCGUUUGCCCGCGCCGCGUCCGCCUAUUUCCUCCCCCCAAAGGGUCGCAGAUCGGAAGGUCAAGGGACAGAGGAUCAGGCGCAUCGGGAGUUUUUGGAGAGAUUUCUGCUGGAUAGUUCGGAAGCAGAACUUAAAAGCCUUUCCCGAGGGUGAUCCUUCGCUGGUAUCGUCGCUGGAAAAAAAAGAAGCUCAUGAGCCUGAAUUUAUGUUGCAGAUCAUGGAUGAUACCGCUUUGUCACUUGGAACAAUAGAUGUUUCCUAUUUGUCAUCUUCAGCAGAAUGCACUGUCACAAGAUGUAAACAUUCCAGUGAAGAAUGGGGAGAAUGCAAUUCUAGGCCUACUGUCUUCCGAUCAGCCACUUUAAAAUGGAAAGAGACUCUUCUGGGCAGGAAUAGGCCGUUUGUGGGACGCUGUUGUUACGUAUGCACACCUCAAAGCUGGGACAAGCUUUUUAAUACUAGUAUCCCUUCUUUGGGUCUGCGUAAUGUUAUCUAUAUUAAUGAGACUCAUACACGGUACAGAGGUUGGCUUGCUCGGCGGUUUUGUUAUACUCUUUUUGUGCAAGAGCGGGAUGUUUGUAAGAGCAUGUUUGCAAAUAAUGUGAUGGAAAAUGUACUGAAUAAUAGCAGAGUGCAGAAUGCUAUUAUACAGGAGGCUUCAGAAUCAUCAGCUGUAAAUGGUCCUGAUCAGCUGGAAUCUAGAAAUAUUAACAGAAUCAAGAAGAAAGCUAGAAGGAUCCUUCAAGAAAUGGUAGCAAAUGUCUCUCCUUCUCUGAUUAGGUUAACAGGUUGGGUUUUAUUGAAAUUAUUUAACAGCUUUUUUUGGAAUAUCCAGAUUCAUAAAGGCCAACUAGAGAUGGUGAAAGCAGCAACUGAGCUAAAUUUACCUCUUGUAUUCUUACCAGUUCACAAAUCUCACAUUGACUACCUAAUUCUCACCUUCAUUCUUUUCUGCAACAAUAUCAAAACACCCUACAUUGCAGCCGGAAAUAAUCUGAAUAUUCCUAUUUUCAGCACCUUAAUUCACAAACUUGGAGGGUUUUUUAUUAGAAGAAAAUUAGAUGAGAGACCUGAUGGCCGAAAAGAUAUUUUGUACAGAACAUUACUGCAUGUGCAUGUUGAAGAGUUGCUUCGACAACAGCAAUUCUUAGAGAUAUUUCUGGAGGGGACACGGUCCAGGAGUGGAAAAGUAGCCUGUGCAAGGGCAGGUCUUUUAUCAGUGGUGGUCGAUGCUCUAUAUUCAAAUGCUGCUCCUGACGUACUAAUCAUACCUGUGGGAAUCUCCUAUGACAGAAUAAUUGAAGGUCACUAUACUGCUGAGCAGCUGGGAAAGCCCAAGAAGAAUGAAAGCCUAUGGAGUGUAGCCCGAGGAGUUUUUCGAAUGUUACGAAAAAAUUAUGGCUGUGUUAGAGUAGAUUUCGCUCAACCAUUUUCUUUAAAAGAAUAUUUAGAUUGUCAAAAUCAAAAACCUUUGCCUGUUCCUCUUUCUUUGGAGCAUACUCUGUUACCAGCUGUACUGCCUUCAAGACCUAACUACAUAGUGGGAGAAAGUUCAGAAACUGCCCUUCCUGAUUCCAGGGAUUUAUCUUGUGAGCCACUGAGAAGACAAUUAAUAGCUAACUUGGCAGAACACAUAAUGUUCACUGCUAACAAAUCAUGUGCUGUGAUGUCAACACACAUUGUUGCCUGUUUGCUGCUCUAUCGACACAGACAGGGAAUUGAUCUUUCUAAGCUUGUGGAAGAUUUUUUUUCCAUGAAGGAGGAGGUCUUGGCUCGGGACUACGACUUGGGAUUUUCAGGAAAUUCUGAAGAUGUUGUCAUGCACGCUAUCCAUUUGUUAGGAAACUGUAUAACCAUCACAAACACCAGUCGAAAUAAUGAGUUCUUCAUCACUCCCAGCACAACUGUUCCUGCUGUCUUUGAACUCAGCUUUUAUAGCAAUGGGAUACUGCAUGUCUUCUUCAAAGAGGCUGUCAUCGCGUGUAGUCUUCAUGCUUUAUUGAACAAAAGGCACAGAAAUGGUAUCAGUGGGAUUCUCCCCAGUGUGGUUAGUCAAGAACAACUGGUCCGAAAAGCUGCCAGUCUCUGUUAUUUGCUGUGUUAUGAAGGAACUGUUUCAUUGCCCUGUCAGCUGUUAUGUCAAGUGUGCCAUGAAGCAAUUGAACAGUUUAUACAAUAUGGAGUUCUUUUAGUAGCAGAGCAGGAAGAACAGGAAGAUAUUAGUUCUAGCCUUACAGAGCAAAAGUGGGAAAAGAGUAUUCCAGAGCCAUUGUCUUGGAGAAGUGAUGAGGAGGAUGAAGACAGUGACUUUGGUGAAGAACAACGGGAUUGCUUCUUGAAGAUGAGCCAGUCACAGGAACACCAGCAAUAUAUCUCCUUCCUGCAGAAGCUGCUAGGGCCAUUACUGGAGGCAUAUAGUUCAGCCGCCAUCUUCAUCCAUAAUUUCAGUGGACCUGUCAGGGAAACAGAAUGUCUUCAAAAAUUACACAAAUACUUAAUAUCAAGAACAGAAAAGAAUGUUGCAGUAUACGCUGAGAGUGCCACCUAUUGUCUUGCAAAAAAUGCAAUUAAAGUGUUUAAAGACAUGGGGGUAUUUAAGGAGACAAAACAGAAGAGAGAGAACAUUUUGGAACUAAGCAGUACUUUUCUACCUCAUUGUAAUCGGCAAAAACUAUUGGAAUUUAUUCUGAGUUUUGUUGUACUUUAGACUCUCUCUCAACUUCUAGUAGACUUGGACAAUGCGAUGCAAAGCUUCAGGGUUUGGUUCUGCUUCCAUAGUAUCAGUAGUGCCAUUUUUGGCAAGGCCUUAUCUGACCCAAGCCAUAAAAAGACAAGUGCCUUCUUACAUAUGCACAUAUGGAACUACAAUAUUUAGAAUUCAACUAUAUUGCUAUCAUCCAACAUAUUCAGUAAAUGUUUGCACAAACUCCUGAGUUUUUCCAUAAAUCUGUAUCAAGUAUUACGGUUUCUAUAUUGCAAGUUCUACACAUACUUCAAAACUAACGACUGACAAAUGCACCUAUCUGCCAGAUUUGAACUGCAUAAAAUAAUUUGGAUUACUGUGUGAACUUUGCAAAAGCUCUGUCAGCAUAACUACUUCAUUGUAUUCAAUACUGUAAAUGAAUGGUUUUUAGAAAAAAAAUUGAAUGGGAGGGGUUCGGAAAGGGCAUAUAAUAUUUUAUUCUACUAAUAGUAUGGUAACAUAGUAAACAAAAAUAGCAAAGUAGUCACCAGGAUCUCAUUAAAAUUAGUUGAACAGCAAACAGCCUGCACAAAGUAUGAUCCAAGCAGCAAAAUAUGAGUAUAAAAAUGUAUCAAUCUCUUUAACAUAUAAGAAUUCAAAAUUCAUUAAAUUGGUGCACUAAAGAAAUAGAUGACACAAAUUUGUCCCCCAAAGUUCUAAAAGCUUUUCCUGAUGAGCAUUUAAAUUUUAGUACUCAUGUUUUCCUUGCAAAGCACUUGGAACUCAGAAGUGACUCUGGCUUAAGCUAUCCCUGUGGUGCUUUUCCAAAAGGCAGCUGACUUCUGAAGAACUGAAGAAGUUUCUUGAAUGAGGAGCAAAUGUUUUCAAGGAAAAACCAAGAAAGUCCAGUUGCCUUUUGGAAAAGAGCCUUUGGGGCAACCAUGACCUGGAUGAUUGAGAAUCUCCAUAGACAUCUGGCUUAAGCUCUGUAAAUUGAUGAAAUAACCUAAUAAAUACAUUAUCUCAUUCUAGUCUUGAUUGAUUUUGGAUGGAAAAUGCUUUGCUAUCAUAAAGUUUUACAAGCCAUACUGCUGAAACAAGUGAUUUGAACUCUGAGGUUAUGAUGAGAACAUAAAUUGCAAGCAACUUAUUCUUGGUAAUCUUAUAGAAGGCAAUAACUUCCAAACUGGAUUACAAAAUGAGCUCUACGGGCUCAUACACGGUAUAUCAGGAAAAGCAAUAAUAAGGCAUUUGUUUUUAAGAGAGAGAACUUGUUGCCUUAUCCCUUGAAGAAACUUUGCUACUGCAGUGUUAAUAGUAUUUCUCAACUUCAUUUUUUUUCAUUUAUUAUCUGGACUUGAGAAAUAGUUUGAUUAUGAAAAUCCAUGUUUGCUUCUUUUUUUAUAAAAAAAAUACAUGCCUGAAUAUUACUAGCAUUCCACUGUCAUUUGGAUACAGAGCUUCUGGACAGUUUUAAUUUAGGGCUUCCACUCAAUGCUCAGUUUUUUCGACAUUUGUGAAGCUUGGAUUUUCUACAAAUGUAUAUAUGAAUUAAAACAUUAUACGUAAUGUUUUUCAGUAUUAUCCUGCAGUUCUGAAUGACGGGAACAACUAUGCACAUUUGUCACCAUAAAACAGGUGCUUUAAAACAUAUUAAGAUAAAUAUUUGAACCAAAGUUGCAUCUGAUCAAUAAACCGCAAUAGUCAGGAAACCUGACUUAAUUUGUUGUUUUUAUGGCAGGAUAGCAGCUGAAAUGAAAUUCACAUGUUCUAUAGCUGUAUGGGGCAAUUAUUUUCCAUUGUUGCUUGUUUGAACUGUUCAUUAAACCAGAAUGUAUUCUGAAUAGUAAUUUCUAAGUACUGAUGAUGGCUUCCAAUUAAGGUCGGAUAAUAGGUGCUUGUAAAUAAAUAACUUCCUGUAGUUUCACUGUAGUUCAGUAAACAUCCAUUGUAUUAAUAGAAUUAAGGUUGUGUAUUAAUAAAAUAGAGCCAAGCAAUAUAAAUGAUAUUUUGCUCAUUUUAAUUAAAAUGUGUCUAAUUUAAAGAAAUGAGAGGUUAGGAAUUAGUUUGGACAACAGAAAAUAAUUGCUAGUUGUCAUUUCAUCAGAGUAACUUAUUAACAUUAUUAAAAUGUUCUUUAGCGGGUAGUGUUCAUUUGAAUUGAAGAGAUAUGCAAUGUAUUGUAACUACUGAAUAUGAAAAUACUGUUUAAGUGUCAUUAAAAAGAGAUUUUGCAUGUGCAGAAAAGUCAAACUGGGAAUGUUGUUCAUGGGCAGAGAUCUGUGGCAUGGAUGUAGCAUGCACUUAGCAAUGCAUCUAGCUUGGCUUUUCCAUGAAGGUAAAGUAUAUGGCUCUUUGCUGGAAAGCUGCUAAAUAGAAUGCUGCUUUUUGUAGGUUAUUAUUUUCAAACCUCAUGUUCUUCUUCUAAGACAGAAUCUGCAUUUUUCAAUCCUAAAAAAAAUGUAUGGCUCCUAAUUCUGGUUCCAAAACAUCCAAAAUAGAUCUGAAAUGCAUUAUGUUGACAACUUACUGAAAAUAAUAUGGUAAUCUGAAGGACAACAUUCUAUGAAUAUUUGUUUGUUGUGUAGAAUGAAUAAAGUUACUUUUCAGGUCUCCAAUGAAGUUCUAAGAUUACACAAUUGUUAACAACACUAAUAUAUUCUUAAGUAAACAUAAUUUACCCAAUUGUCUCCCUGUAUAUACACACAUAUAUAUAUAUUUAAAAAAAAUAACGUUGACAUAAUAUUUUCAUAAAUAAAGGGUUGGGGUAGAAUUGCAAAACAACAACUGUAGGUGGUCUUUAUUUCUACUUGUGAAACCUGAUAAAGUCUCAAAAAAAUUUUUAAUAUUACUUUUUCCCUUUAACAUUCCUUUUGUCUCUUAUGUAAGAAGCACAGCUGCACAGUUAUUGUAUUUUAAUAAAUAAUUGAAACUGU